AUGUUCGAAUAUUUACUAGAGAAAAUAUUGAAUUAGGUUUUGGGAAAAUUUAUAGAUGGAUUUGAUACUUAAAACCUUCAUAUAGGAAUAUGGAGUGGAGAAGUUACAAUAUAAGAUGUUGCAUUAAAACCUGAUAUCAUAAAAAUGCUUGAAUUACCUAUCAAACUGUGUUUUAGCCAUGUAGGAAAAUUGAAGCUAAAUGUAAUAUAUAAUUAAAAUUACAUUAGGUACCUUGGAAAUCAUUAACUAGUUCACCAGUUGAAGUUGUUUUAUCUGAUUUGUAUCUGAUAAUUUCUUUAGAUCAUCCAGAUCACUGGUAAUUUAUGGAUUACUCAGGUUUCAUAAAGAAAAUGGAGAUUCUUGAAAAAUUUAAGGAAUAAAUUAUAUCAAGCAUUUCAGAAAAAUCAAAGUAGUAAAAUGAUAAGGAUAAUGGAUAUUUCAUGAAGUUAGUGUUCAAAAUAAUUGAUAAUAUAUAAUUAAGCAUAACAAACAUACAUAUAAGAUUUGAGGAUACAAUAAGAAAUGAAUUUGCAUGGGGAAUAUCAUUAAAAUCAAUAGAGACCUAUACUUGUAAUUAAGAAUGGAAAAAGCAAUUCUUUGAUAGAACAAAAGAAGAGAAUGUAUAUUAAAAGAAUUAUUAAUUUAGAAAAAAGUGCCUCUAUAAAAAAUAUUAAGGUUAAUGAAUAUUGGUGCAUAUUGGAAUUAAUAAGAAAAAGAUUUAUUAUAUUCUAAAGAGAAGGAUGAAAUAUUAAAAAAAAUGGCAGAAUUAGUAAUAUCAUAAGAAGAUCCAAAAGAUCAUCCAAGAUUUUCAUAAUUUAUGUUAUUACUUAAUGCAUCAGGUAGAUUUUAUCAGAAUACUUCUGGUAAAUUUGAUUCACCUGAAUUUUCAUUUUCCCUUGAAUUAAAUACAAUUGAUUUAGCAAUAGAAAAUUCAUAAUUAUAAUAAGUAAUAAGAAUGGCAGAACUAUUUUCAUUAUAUUAAAGUAGAUUAAAUAAGUAGAAGAAAUAGAAAUUAUUAUUAACAUAAUAAUAAAUUGAAGAUUAAAAAUUAAUCUUUUAGAAUUUAUAUGAAAAAAUAUUAAGAAGUUCAGAUUAGACAAAUAAAGCAUUGACAAAAAAUGAGAAUGAUCUUUUUGAAUAAUCUGUUAGUAAUUUAAGUAUUGAUAUAUUAUGUGAAUCUGCAAGAGAAAUAAUCAAAGUAGUUGAAAAAGAGAGAGCUAUUAAAGAAGCUGAGGAUAAAAAGAAAAAGAAAGGUAGUUGGUUUAGUUGGGGUUCUAAAAAGGAUAAUCAAUUUAUAGAUGAAAAAGAAAAGGAUGAAUUAUCUAAGUUUAUUGAUUAAUUAGCAGAUUUUCCAGAUGUAAAAGAUUUAAAGAGACCAGUAGAUUAUGUUUGGAUAGCAGUGACAUUCUCUCUAAAAUCUGGAUCAAUUCAUGUUUUAAAAUAAUUUGAAGCAAAAAGAGAAGGAGUUUAAUUAAAAUAUUCAGGAUUUGAGGGAUAGUUAUAUAUUAAAGAAAGUGGCAUGAUUGUUUAAUUAGGAUUAUCUUUUAUAGGUAUUGAUCUUGUAACAGAGCCUAUUAUAAAUAAUGUGGUGAUGUAUUCUCAAUAAACCAGAAAAGUAUUUGUUGAGUAAGUAAACAAAUAGAAAUUUAUAGAUUUUACUUUUGAAACAAAUCCAAUUCAUCAUAAAGGAGUAGAUAAAUAUUUAAAAUUAGAAACAGGAUCUUUAAAAUUAGUAUUUAAUCCAAUAAUUUUGGUUCGUAUUCAAUAAUUUAUUGAUUUUUAAAUAAAGGAUGAAACAUUAAAGAAUGCAGCUUGGGAUUCAGUAGAAUAUGCUUAAGAUUUAGCAGUUAAUUAAAUGGCAAAAACAUAAUUAUCACCAUCUAUUUUAUUUGUGGAUGUUACAGUAAAAUCAACAAUAGUUUUAGUACCAAUACCUAACACUAAUGAAAAUUGGUUAUUAAAUUUAGGAGAUAUUUCUAUUGUUACUCCAAAUAUGAAUGAAAUACAUUAUGAUAAUUUUGAAAUUAAAUUAUAGGAUUUCACAUUUAAACAUUAUAAAUCAAUUUAAGAUUGUUAAAAUUCUAUUAUAAAUGGAUCAUAUUUAAAUAAUAUUGAUGAUUCUUUUAGUGUAAUUUAAAAUAUAAAAGUCAAAAUAAUAGCAAAACUUUUGAGAGGAAGUUCAAAACCUCCAAAAGAAUUGCCAUAAUUUUAAGUAAGUGGUGUACUUCAAUAAUUAAAUGUUUUUGUUAAUCCAUUAAUAUAUAAUCGUAUAAUAAAAGUUGCUGAUUGUUUUAUUGCACCAAUUACAGAACCUGAAGAAGCAAUGCUCAGAUAAUCAAGAUUAACAAUUGAAAAGGCUUAAACUGAAAGAACUGUUUUGAUUGAAAAGGCUACUAAAGUUGGUAAGAUUUGGAAAAGGGGAUAAUAAUUAAAAUGGACUUAAUAUACUGGAGUAUUAAGUGGAGGUUAUAUCUAUUUAUUUGCAAAGCCUAAGGAUGAAUAGGCAGAAUCUUACUUUUGGGUUAGAAAUAGUGAUUUUGAAGAUAUUCCUUAGUAGGAGGCUGGGAUGAAUAAUGCAUUUUAUAUAAAGAAUAAAUAUGGAGAUACAUUAGUAGGAUUUGAUAAAUAGAAGAUGGCAAAUGAUUGGAAAGAAGCUAUUGAAGAAAUGAGAACAAUAUUAAAAGCUGAGAAACAUCAUGAACAUACAAAUACACAAAAUAGUAAUACAAAUUUAAAUAAAGAGAGUCGACCAUUAAAUUUGAAAUUUGAAUUAUCAGGAUUUUAUUUACAUUUAUAAGAUGAGAAAUAAAGUGAUUGGUUAGAAGUAGUAAUUAGUGGUUUAAGUGCAGGUACAUCAAUAUUGAAUGGAUCAAUAGAUUUAGAUUUGAAAUUAAGAGAUCUUUAUGUAAAAGAUAGUGUAUAAAAUUAUUUGAAUCCAUUAUUUAAAUAUAUAGUUAAAUCAGAUCCAGAUCCAGAAUCUAAUGAAUUAAUAAAUAUUAAUGUUUAAUAAAUAAAUACUAAAGAUAAGAGAUACAAUAAAAAGAAUUUAAUAGUUUAAGUUACUUUUGGUACAUUAUGUGUCAUUGCUAAACCUUUAGUAAUUGCAAAAUUAAUAUUAUUUGUAACUCCAGAAGAUUAAUAAAAUUAGAUAAAAGGUUAUGAAUAAAUGGAAUAAGCAAAGAAGAAAAUAGAAUAAACAAAAAAAGAAUUAGAAGGUACAACAUAGACAGUGAAAUUUGAUAAUAUGUAAGAUAUAAUUUUGAUGGAUGUUAAUGUUAAAAUAAGAAGUAUUAAUGCUAUUUUAGUACAUCGAUUUACUAUAUUACCAUUGGCUGAAAUAAAGAUAGAAAACACUGAAAUUGGACUUAUUAAAUAUGUUGAUGAAUUAUAAUUGAAUGGAACAUUAGGAAAUUUAUAACUUUUUGAUUUAACUAAUUAUCCAAAUACUCUUAGUUAAGAAUCUGAAUAUGAUUAAAUCUAACCUAAAUAAAUGAUUGGAGUUAAACAUCAAUAAUAAUCAUUAUUAAAAGUGAGUUUAAUAUUAUUUUCAGAUGGUUCAUCUAAAAUAUUUAAUAAUGUUAAUAUUAUUAUUGAUGUAGAAAUGAGUUAAUUAAUUAUAAAUGUAAUGAUGUAACCUGUUUUAAGAUUAUUAGAUUACACUUUAUAAUAAUUACUAUAUGCUUUAUAAAAUCCAAAAUAAACUAUAUCUCCAAAUUCAAAUCUAAUCUAAGUAGAUGAAGAAGCUAUUGAAUAAUAUUAAAAUUUAAAAUCUUAAUAUGCUAAAUAAACUAUCAAAUUAUCAGAAGAUGAAUCAUCUGUCUUAUAAAAAUUAUUAAAUAAUCCACCAGGAAUGAAAUUAAAUGUUAAAAUUAAUAAUCCUUAAGUGAUACUUCAACCAAAUUAAAAUUCAAAUUCAUUCAUGAUUAUUGAUCUUGGAACAAUAUUUGUAUCAAAUAAACGUAUUUAAGUAACAAAUAGAAUUAAUGGUUAAGGAUUAGAAUCUGUUUGGGUUGAAUAAUUUUUAUUAAAUAUGAAGGAUAUCUAAAUUUAUUAAUAAAAUGAAUAAAUUAAAAGAGAAUUUAGUUUACCAUUUGAUUUUAAUAUAUAAGUUGAAAUAUUUACACUUGCAGAAAAGUAUUCUUUAAAUUAUCCUAAAUUGAAAUUUGAUGAAUAAUUAAAAAUUAAUUGUUUUGUUGCUCCAAUGAUUUUAUAAAUGACACAUUCUGAUUACAUGUUUUUAAUGAAAUGCUUAUUUCAUAAUAUUGCAUAUGAUGAUGGAUUUGAUAAUAUGAUUAGAAUUAACAAUCCAGAAUAUUUUAAAGCUUUCUUUACAUAAUAGAAUCUCUAAUAAAUCAAAUUAAAAGAAAUGUUACUAUAAUAGAAUGAGUAACCAUAAAUUAAUUUUCAAUUAGAUAUAGAAAACUUUACAAUAUUUUUAUUAAAAGAUAUUUAACCAAAACCAACUCCAUUUUUGAAAAUGAUGUUGAUUUUGAUGAGAAUUACAUUCUAAAAAUGUAACAAUGGAUCAAUGAAAGUUAAUUUAUUCAUAAGAGAUAUGGAAGGUAGUAUGUUUUAAGGAGAUUAGAUUUUACAAGAAUUUUAUGAAUUACCUUUUAUUGGCAAUAUGAAUUUUCAAUAAAAAUAUACUUAUGAAUAAGUUACUAAUUUAAAUGGUUUAGUUAGAGGAAGACAAGGAACUUAAAGUAAUGCUGAUUAAUAAUAGUUAAAUUAAAGGAUGAAAAGAGAUUAGAUUUUUAAGUUUGAAGAUGCCUUAGAAUAAUAAAAUGAUAAUAAUGUUUAACAUAAAUUGAUAUUCUCAUUAUUAAUGAAUCUUAAUGGAGAUAAGAUAAUUAAUGUUGAAUUAUCAGAUUUUAAGUUAUAAUUACAUGCAGGUCCUCUAUUUGAUGCACUUUAAUUAAUAGCUAUGGAUGAUCCAGAUUUAAAUCCAAAAUAAGGAAAAUUUAUUAAUAGUUAAUAUUAAUAAUAAUAAUAAUAGUAAUAAUAAAAUGGAGUAUUAACAAUAAAAGUAAAUUUAAAAAAUGUAAUUACUUGUGUACCAUCAUAAGUUGAAUCUAAUGUUUUAGCAAUUCGUGGAAUAUUUGAUAUUACUUUAAAAAUGUAUCCAUAAAAAACAUUGAAAUAAGUUCAAACAGAAAUAAUGGAAAAGAAUAUUCCAGAGAAAGAUUGGAAUAAAUUGAAUAUUAUAAUGUCAAUUGAUGCUAAAUUAAAAAGGAUUGAGGUCUUUUUAUGUAAAAAUUAUGAUUUAGGAAAAAAGGAUGAUUUUAAAUAAGUUAAAAAAAGAGAAAUUUUGUAACCUGCUGACAUAGAAAUAAUGAUAGCCAGGGCUGCUGUAUUUUAUGCAAAUUCAACAGAAUUUGGAAAUGAUUUUGAUAUUAAUUGUAGAAUCACUCCUAUCAAUUUAAAGAUUUCUUUUAAAGAUUUACUCACUAUGUAAACUGGUUUAACAUAUCAAUUGAGUUAAAUGCCAAAAUAAAAUUCUGUUGAAAAUAAUGAAUAAUAGAAAAGUAAUGAAUUAUCUAAAUUGGAUGCUUCUCAUCUUAAUAAAUUAUAAAUGAAUUCUAUGAGAAUUGAUUUAGAAAUUGAAAAAACAAAAGUUGUAGUAUUAAAUGAUAUGGGUAAUACUUUUGCCCCAUUAUUUGAUUUAUAAGUAGAUCUAAUUAAAAUAUUAUUACAAAAGAAACCUAUUCUUUUUGAAAUUAAUCUUUUAAUUCCCUUUGAAUUACAUAAUUUUAAUCCUCUUACUUCUAAAUGGGAACCUAUUAUAGAAAAAAUAGAAUUUCAAAUAAUUUAUUUAUAAAGUUUAUUAGGUGAAACAAAUAAUUUAAUUACAAUUGAAUAAUUAAAGGAAAAUGAAUCCUUUAAUAUUACUUUGUCUACUGUCUGUGUCUAAACUAUUUUAAAGGUUUUAAAAAUUAUGAAUAAAAUAUUUAAGAAGUCAGAUACUAUUGAACAUAAAAAUAUGUCAAAAUCAUCAUUAAUAUCUGAAAUUGAAGGAGAGGAAGUUCUUAUUUAAGAAUCACCUUAUGCAAUAAGAAAUUUAACAGGAAGACCUCUAUAAAUAGAUUAUAUUGAUAAACCUAAUUCAUAAUCAUUGAAUGUCCCUGUAAAUUAAUAAUUAAAUUUGGUUUAUGAUGAAGAAAUGGAAUCGAUGAAUAGUAAUAGAAUUAGAAGAGUAAAUGUAAACAUUAAAUUGGAUAAGAAGACAUUUCCAUUGAAAUAUAUUGAUUUAGACAAGACAAGAGGAAAACUAUAUGAAUAGGAAGGUUUAUAAGCAUAUGGUAUAGUUAAAUUAGAUUAAGUUACAAGUCAGAAAAUACUUAUAGUUUCAUCUCCAAUCAUAAUUGUAAAUAAAACAAGCAAAACUAUAAUUUUACAAAUUAGUGAUGAAAGGAAUUAAUAAAUAUUUAAAUUAUAACCAUUGAUCAAUAAUUUAGAUUUAACAAAUGUUGCUCCAAUUCCUAUUGGAUUUGAGAAUUCUAAAUUUUGUUUAAAGGUAGAUAAUUGUCCACAAUUUUCAGAAGAAUUUAAAGUAGAUUCUUUAAUUAGAACAUCAGCUAUAGGUUAGCCAUAAGUUGUACGUACUAGAGAUGGAAUUAACAUUCAAUUCAAAAUUUAUAUAGAUAAAGAUUAUAAAGAUAAAGUUAAAAUAGAAUUAUAGGCACCUUAUAAAAUAACGAAUUCAUUGCCAACACAAAUAUAUGUUCAAAUAUUAAAUUAAAGAAAAGAAACAACAUAUAUUAAAAAAAUAUAGCCAAGGGAAACCAUUGAAGAUUAUAUGCAUUGCCUAUCUAGUAUUGAUAAUAAAAAAAACACUUAUAUGAGAGUAUUAGUAUAAGGAUUUUAUUGGUCAAGUGAAUAUCAAUUAUCAUAACCAUUAUAAGAGGAUGGAUAAAAGGUUAAAGUUGAUGCUAUAGGAAAAUUAUAAUUAGUUGAUGGAAUGGAUAAUUAAUUAACCUUAUUAGUUUUUGAACCUUGGCGAUAAUCUGAUUAUAAUAAAGCUACUAGAGAGUUUGUAAUCUAUAGUACUGGCUAUAUACUUAAUAAAACUGGAAUGGAAUUGUAAUAUUAUGUUAGUGAAAAAAAGAAACAUUUAGAACUAAUUGCUGGAUAAAAUCCUAUUAAUUCAGGAGAUUAAAUAGAUAAAAAUAUAAUUUAUAUUAGAUAAGAUUGUGGCAAUUAAUUAUAAUUGUCUCAUUCAUCUGCUCCUUAAAAAUUUUCAUAAUUCCCAAUUUAAAUAUCUGCAAUAGGGGAACCAUACAUUGAUGUUAUUAAAGCAGAUGAAGUAGAUUCUAAUAGAUUAGUCUAAACAUAUCUUGGAGCAAAAUUAGAUUUUAAAGUUUGUAAUAGUAAAUAUACUCUAUUAUCAAGGGUGAUCACAUUAGAACCUAGAUUUAUAUUGGUAAAUAAUAGUGAUAAAGAAUUAAUAAUUAUUGAUGGAAAUUAUAAUUAAAUUGUCUAAUCAAAACAAAGAACUAUUUACUAAGUUAAAUAUAAUAUCAAGGAGAAAGAUCUAUUUGAUUAACAAUUUAUAACAAUGAAUAUUAAUGAAAAUACAUAUCAUCCAAGUGGUAGAAUCAAUAUAAGUGCUAUAGGAAUUGUAAAUUUCUAAUUGAGACAUACACAAAAUUCUUAAGACAAAUUAUAUUUUAGUUGUGAUACUAGAAAAGAAGGAUGUAUUUUAUAUGUUAUCUUUACUGAACUCUCUCUUGAUUAAGCACCAUACAAAAUAGAACUUGCUGCUGAAGCAUUAGAAUUGGAAAUUUAAGAGUUAAAAAUAACUUUAAGAUAAGAUAAUUAAGUUGCUUAUUUUGCUUGGGAUGAACCAUAACAAACAAAUAAGAUUUUGAAUGUAGAAUUAAGAGUGGCAGAUGAUCCUUAUAAUGAUUUUACUCCCUUUAAAUAUAAACUUAAUCCAGAUAUUAUUGGAGUAUUUAAGAUAUACACUUUCAAACCUAAAAAAGGAUCCAGAGCUGAUCCUAUUUCUGUUGCUUUGACUAUCAUGCCUUAAGGUAAUCAGAAACAUGUUAAAGUUGCCAUAGCUACUCAAGAAUAAAAGACACUUUACUAAUCUAAACCAAAAUAAGAUUUCUUAAAAUAAGUUAAAGAAAAAGAAAAUCUUGGUAUAGAAAUGAAUGAAGACUCUAUGAGAUAAUCUUAUUCAUUAUAGCAAUCACAUUAAUCUCAAUAAUAAGAUGCUGAUAAAAUCUUGAUUAGAAUAAAUCUUAAGAUAAAUGCAUUUUCAUUAUCUUUUGUUCAUAAUUCUGAAAUCAAAAAGAGACCAGCUGAAUACUUUCAUUUUUUAUGCAAAAAUAUAGAAUUUGUUACUAUUUCUACAAAUAUUAGUUUAGUUGUUUAAAUGAGAGUACAAUAUAUUAAUUUUGAUCAUAAUGCUUAAUUUUUUGUUCAAUUCCCUGUUAUAUUAACACCAUAAAAAUAUUCAUUAUAUUAACCAAUUUUAAUAUAAUAAUAAUCAUAAUAAUAACAAGCUGUUAAAUAGUAUUAAUAAAGUGAAAAAUAUUUUUUCAAUUUCUUAAUCAUGAAAGAUAAUAGAGUUACCUCAAUUAAUUUAUUUCAAAAUAUUACUUUAGAAAUAGAUCCAUUUGAAGUUAAAAUAGAAUAAUUAUUAAUUAAUAAUUUCUUAGAAUUUGUUUGGGCUAUAACAUCCUAUUAAGGAUUAAUAAAUGAAUAUGAUAAAAACUAAUCAGGAAGUGUACUCAAAUAAAAAUAAUCAGAUACCUAAUCCUUAUAAGAAAAAUAAAAUAGUUAAGCAUAAAUUGAAUCAAUCUACCAAAUCAAUGAAGAAUGGAAAACUAAAACACUACCAAAAGCAUAAUUGCCGACUUAUAUAAGUGAAAUCAUCAUAUCCCCAAUAGCUAUAAACGUCACUUUCUAAAUGACAGGUAAAGGAGAUCUAAAAAUUGCAUAAUCUUUUUUGUUUGCUUCCAUUGCAUAAGCUCUGGGAGUUGCCUUAACAGACAUUAGUGAUGCACCUAUCUUUAUUUCAGGUUGGAAACUUGAUAAUUGCUUUGAUACAAUUCCAGGAAUGCUUGAGAAAAUGAGGUAAUUUUAUUAAUCUGAAGGGAUGAAAUAAGUAGGCAAAAUAAUUGGAAGUUUGUCUAUUAUCGGUAAUCCUAUUGGAUUAUUUAAUAAUGUAUCAACAGGAUUUAAAGAUUUCAUUGAUAAACCAGCUGCAGGAUUAACCUAAGGUCCUUUAGAAGCUGGUUUGGGAUUAGCCUAAGGAGCUGGUUCUUUAGUAUCUCAUACUAUAUUGGGAGCAAUUAAUUCAGUCAACAAAAUAGCUGGAAGUGUAGGGGGAGGCUUGGCUAAUUUGACAAUGGAUGAAGAUUAUUUAAGAAAGAGAGAGAAGAUGAAGAUGUAAAAGCCAAAGCAUAUUGGUUAAGGUUUAGGAUAAGGAGCUCAAUCAAUAAUGACAGGAAUAACAGAUGGAAUUGCUGGAAUAUUCUUGAAACCUAUAUAAGAAACCAAAGAAAAAGGAUUAAAAGGAGUGUUUACUGGAACAGCUAAAGGUUUUGCUGGACUAAUCAUAAAACCAAUAACUGGAGUUUUAGAUGGAUUAUCCUAAACUGCAGCUGGAAUUCAAAAUACAGUACAAUAUUUUGAUGAUAAACCUAAUAAUAAUAGGUCUAGAAAUAUUCGACCUGUUUAUGGAUAUGAAGGAUAUAUUACUGAAUUUGUUGUACUUGAUGCUGAAGCUUAUGCUACACUAUAGUUCAUACGUAGAGGUUAAUUAAUAAACAAUAGAUUUGUUGCAUCCUACUUUUUGAAUUCUGAAUAGGAUGGCUAUUGUAUGCUAGUCUUGACUAUUGAACAUUUUAUUUAUAUGUCAGUAAAGACUAAGAAGAAAGUAAAAUUCUUAUUUUACUUUAGGUUUGGAUUUUGGCAUCUAAUGAGAUCAUACAUUUAGAAAUUGUUUCUUCAGGAAUCAAGAUUUAAGUUAAUAAGCCUUAAAAAUAAUUGAAAGUAUGUAUUAAUUUUGAUUUAGAAUAAAUAUAUUACUUAACUGGUAAUAGGAGAUGAUUUAAAAUAUGAAAUCUUUAAGACAAUGUAGACUAUAUGGGAUUCAAUCAAAGCAAAUACAAAUUGA